AAUCUAUUUUGUAUCUCUCCUUUAGGAGAAAGAUAAUCCCCAGUCUGAAUUUGACUUGGAAAAUCUAAAAAUGACAGGAAGAGAUUUAUUUAGUGCAGGAACAGUGACAACGCACAGCACCGUAAGAUAUGGCCUGCUGCUCAUUCUGAAACAUCCUGAGGUCCAAGCAAAAAUUCAUGAGGAAAUUGGACGUGUGAUUGGACAUAAUCGACUUCCUUCCAUAAAGGACAGACAAGAUAUGCCCUAUAUGGAUGCUGUGGUGCAUGAAGUGCAAAGAUUCAUUGACCUCAUACCUCUCAACGUACCCCAUGCAGUGAACCGGACAUCCAUUUCCAACAAUAUAUCCCCCCAAAGUCAGUAGUCUUGGGAGAAUGGGAUCUUAAACACAAUUUAUUCCAAUGAUCUCAUCAUGGACAUGAGAAAAUGGAGUCCCAUUGUCAUGAUCUCACUUAAAGUUCUCCUUGAGGCAGUGCUUUAUUACAUACAGCCUACUUGCAUGUGGUGCUAAAUGAAGAAUAAGAGAAAAGUGUGCCCUUA